AUGUCAUCAUCGGGCAACAAUUUAAGACCAAUGACACCAGCUACCAAGUUGAGUGCGAAAUCAAGGACAAGACGUACCUCAUCUGUGGGGAAAAUUGAUCUUGGCGAUACUGUUCCUGGUAUUGGCACCAUGUCAGAGACCAGGGCCGCGCGGGCUGCAUCCAAUCAACGGAUGAAGGCAUUGGCAUCGGCAUCAAAGAAUGAUAUGGAUCUACUACAGAAGUUUUGGUUAACGUACCGAGAGAUGAGUUAUCGCCAUGCUUGGGUCACUCCACUAGUAGUGUUAGCCACUGUCUACGGUGCCUAUUUUUCAUCGGGCAACAGAACUAAGACGAAUCCACUGAAUAUGUUUGUUACUAUCUCUUAUCAAAUUGGUGAUAGUAAUAUGUAUGGGAAGGGUAUUAAAGAUCUAUACUUUGUCUUUUUCUACAUGAUCUUCUUCACCUUUUUGAGGGAGUUCUUAAUGGAUAUAGCAAUCAGGCCUCUCACGAAAUGGUUGAAUGUCACUUCUCCUCACAGAGUAAAAAGAAUGAUGGAACAGGUCUAUGCAAUUAUCUACUAUGGAGUUUCAGGCCCUGCUGGUCUUUACAUUAUGUAUAAUAGCGACUUAUGGUUUUUUGAAACUGCGCCAAUGUACAGAACAUAUCCAGAUUUGACCAACAGUUUCGAUUUUAAACUGUUUUAUUUGUGUCAAGCCGCAUUUUGGGCCCAACAAGCCUGUGUUCUCGUAUUACAAUUAGAGAAGCCAAGGAAGGAUUAUAAAGAACUGGUUUUCCAUCAUAUUGUCACGUUACUUUUGAUUUGGUCUUCUUAUGCUUUCCAUUUCACAAAGAUCGGACUUCUGAUAUAUAUUACUAUGGAUGUCUCCGAUUUUUUCCUCUCUUUGUCCAAGACCCUAAAUUAUUUGGACUCACCAGUAGUUCCCCCAGUUUUUUUCACUUUCAUUGCCGUUUGGAUAUAUUUGCGUCACUAUAUCAACAUAUGUAUCCUUUGGUCGGUUCUUACCGAGUUCCGUACUGAAGGCAGCUAUGUUUUAAAUUUUGCUACCCAGCAAUACAAAUGUUGGAUUUCACUGCCUAUUGUUUUCGUACUCAUUCUUGCAUUGCAAUUGGUCAACAUAUAUUGGCUGUUAUUGAUUUUCAGGAUCUUGUACAGAUUACUAUGGAAGGGAAUCCAAAAAGAUGAGAGAAGCGAAACUGAAUCUGAUGAAUCUGACGAUGAAAAAGAUGACCUAAAAGCGGAGAAACAGAAUUGA